UAGUAUUAUUCAAUUUGUUGAAUUUGUUAAAAUUUCAGAUAAUUUUUUAGAUUUUUAGAUAUCAUACUGUGAGUUUUCAGUUUUUACUUCCAGGUUCCUAUCCACUAUCAAGCUUUGGCGCUACCAAAAAACCCACCUUUCAUAUCAUAUUUGUUUCUCCAGGACAAGGUAAGAACCAUAAGCUACUUCUUCAAUUUCAAUUUCAACCCAACGCAACAUCAUAAUCAUAGUUUAAUUUCCACUCUUCAUUCAUAUGAAUAUAUCAUCGUAAUCAUUCAUCAAUGGCGGCUCUUCUACCCACGCGCCAACUUCAACCAUCUUCCAACUUCAGUUCUCUCCGUUUCUUCACCUAUACUUCUUCUUCAAUUCAUAAAAACUUCAUUUUCAAAACACCCACAAAAAAUUUCACUUUUCUUUCUUUCAAAAACCCAAUUUUUCACUGUAAAACCUUCUCUACUGAUACCUGGUUGAAACGCUGGAAUCAACCCUCUUCUAAAUACUAUCGUCAGAAACCGCCGCGCGCUGUUGUUGAUUAUCAAGGUUCUGGAAAUGGGCAUUCAUCAAAAUCUGAUUUUUCAAGCUCUGAUGAUGAGGGUGUUGGUGGUAGUAGAAUGGAUAGGAUUGUUGAAAAAUUGAAGAAAUUUGGGUAUGAGAGUGAUGAAAAUGAGAAUAUGGAUCAUAGAAUAAACGAGAGAGUGAUUGAAAAAGGGUCAGUGGAGGAUAUAUUUCAUGUGGAAGAAGGAAUGUUGCCUAAUACAAGAGGUGGAUUUUCGCCAGAAUCGCCAUUUGGGAUUGGAAGCUUUGGAAGUGAUGGUGGUGGUGGGGAAGUUAGGUUUCCUUGGGAGAAACCAGUGGUGGUGGAUGAAGAGGAAGAGGAGAGGAGGGUUUUGAGGAAGAAAAGUAAGACAUCUAUGGCGGAAUUGACUCUUCCUGAGUCUGAGUUGAGGAGGUUGCUCAAGUUAACUUUUCAGAAGAAGCAUAAGACAAGAGUUGGAGGUGGCGGUGUUACUCGAGCUGUUGUUGAGAAGAUUCAUGAGAGGUGGAAGACAUCUGAGAUUGUUAGGCUUAAGUUUGAAGGUGAUGCUGCACUUAACAUGAAGAGGAUGCAUGAGAUGCUCGAGAAAAAAACUGGUGGUCUGGUGAUUUGGAGGUCUGGCAAUUCUGUUUCCUUAUACAGGGGUGUGAGCUACAAGGAUCCUUCAAUACAACAUAAUAAACAGUUAUAUAGGAAAAUUGAGAAACCUUCAGAGUUUCUAUCAGCACCGUCAGAUGAUUUUGCAGUGAAACCUUCUGAAUUUACUUCUAACUCUGAGGCAAAGACAUCAUUGGAAAAAUUGGAAUCUGGAAAUGAUCAGAAAGAAAAAAUUAGUCUGCCAAAAGUCAGUUAUGAAGAGGAAGUAGACAAGUUAUUGGAUAGUCUAGGUCCUAGAUAUACAGAUUGGCCUGGAUGUGAGCCAUUGCCUGUCGACGCGGAUAUGCUUCCUCCAACUGUUCCUGGUUACCAACCUCCCUUCAGAGUGCUUCCUUUUGGAGUGAGACCGACACUUGGUUUCAAGGAGGCAACUGCUCUACGAAGGAUUGCUAGGGGACUCCCUCCACAUUUUGCAUUAGGUAGAAACAGGCAGCUUCAAGGUUUAGCUGCAGCCAUGAUCAAAUUAUGGGAAAAAAGUUCUAUCGCAAAAGUUGCACUCAAACGUGGUGUGCAGCUAACUACCAGCGAGAGAAUGGCAGAAGAGAUCAAGAAAUUGACAGGUGGCAUAAUACUCUCCAGAAAUAAAGAUUUCUUGGUCUUUUAUCGAGGGAAGAAUUUUUUAUCACCAGAUGUCACUGAAGCCUUGCUAGAGAGGGAAAGAAUGGCAAAAGUAAUGCAAGAUGAGGAGGAGCAAGCAAGAUUGAGAGCGUCAUCAUUGAUCUUACCAGCUAUUAGUAAAUCCGAGUCGUCAGCGGAGGCUGGGACUCUUGGUGAAACUUUGGAUGCAGAUGCAAAGUGGGGAAAGAAAUUGGAUGAGAGUCACAAGCAAAAUGUUAUGAGAGAAGUAGAACAACAACGGCAUGCCAACCUUGUUAGAAAGUUAGAAGAAAAGCUUUCACUUGCUGAAAGAAAGAUAAUGAGAGCCGAAAGAGCCCUAACGAAGGUGGAGGUGUCUUUGAAGCCAUCAGAAAAUAGAUCAGACCCUGAAAGUAUCACUGAUGAAGAGAGAUUUAUGUUUCGCAAAUUAGGAUUACGGAUGAAAGCUUUCUUACUUAUGGGUAGACGUGGAGUUUUUGAUGGUACUAUCGAGAACAUGCACUUGCAUUGGAAGUACCGGGAACUGGUCAAAAUAAUUGUGAAGGCUAACACCUUUGAACAGGUAAAAAAAAUUGCACUAGCACUUGAAGCUGAGAGUGGAGGUGUUCUGGUUUCAGUUGACAAAGUUUCGAAAGGAUAUUCUAUACUUGUAUACCGAGGAAAGGAUUACCAACGUCCUUCAAUGUUGAGACCAAAGAAUCUCUUGACAAAGAGAAAGGCACUGGCUCGUUCAAUUGAGCUUCAACGACAUGAGGCACUUUCGAGUCACAUUACAACUUUGCAGAGUAAAGUGGAGAAGUUAAGAUCCGAAAUAGAACAAAUAGAGAAAGUAAAGGAUGAAGGAGAUGAAGAAUUGUAUAACAAAUUAGAUUUGGCUUAUUCUAGAGAUGAUGAUAGCUCGGAGGUGGAGGAUGAUGGUGAGGAAGGAGAUGAGGCAGCUGUUGAGAGCUACAAUGUUGAAAAUGAUGGUGAAGUUGAAAAUAAUACUAUUUAUUUCCAACCUGAGGAAUUUGCCUCACGUAGUUGAAGGUGAAGGGCCGUGAUUUUGUGGAUUCCUGGUGCCUAUGUAAAUCAUUAAUGGCGAACGCAUCUGAUUGACGAAGAAUGUAAUAGCUCGUUCAGAUUAUAUAAUAUCACGGUUAGUGUAAGAUGUAUGUAUAUACAUUUGUUGGUAUGAAGAAUAGGAACACUAUGUUAGCUUAUAGGAAAACAUUCUGCUGAUUCUCAUUCUGAUAUUGAAUAGAAAUAAUUUUUCUAUGAAUAA